AUCUCGUCAUCCAUCGAAAGUGAAACUCGUUACGGAGCAGGACGGGAACUGAUUCCUUGCGCCUUUUUUGUAAUAACCACAUUACACCGGGAUGUGAUGUGCUCUGAUUUCGUAACUUCAUUCAACUCUCAUCGCGUGCCACCACUACUGCCAGCCUCAUCCUCUCUCGCUCUCUCCAAUCGUUCCAUUUCGGUUGCACUGGUUUUGGUUGGAUUGCUCGUUGCUGCUGCUGCUGCUGCUGCUCCAGCUACUGCUGCUGGACAUCAACAACCACGCGACACCUCAUCAUCCCUCCUUCCACACUUGCAUGUGGAGCGUACGGCAGAGCUCAUCGAAGACGGGCAGAUCAGAAAGAAGCGGCGACAGUCCAAAGAAGUGGCCAAAAAAUUUUAAUGGGUACUUACCUCGCGUGCCAUCGACGACAACCGUCAGUCGUGUAUUGAUUUCCGCGCCGUGCAGACGUGUGUAGACAGUGCGCUCUCCGAUACGACGGUUGGAGCGUUUCCGUGAUUUGCCAAAACAGUGAAAGUGAUCGAAGCAGGCGACACCUGAAACAAUUAGAAACAAAGCAAGCGACAUCAGUAAACGUUACACAACAUAAUCGAGAUUUGUAUUGAACAAACAACCAGCUUACAAAAACCAAAGGCACGGCCCAAAGUUCCUCCCGCGAGAUAAACCGGACUAGGAAGUGGAGUAGUAGCUCUGCUCCAUCCGUCCAGUUUGUAGUAAUUCGGUAGCAGUAGUAAACCAUCCCCCCAUCGAACAGUUGAAUACGUGUGUUAUAUUUGUGUGCUAAUCGGAAGUAAUCAUUUCGCCGUUUGUCCGGUAAUUAUGGAUUAAAACAACAGUUCGGAAGUGUACCCCACUAGACCAAGUGUGGACUUUGAUUUUGGAGUGAUUUUGGAACAGAAGCGCAACAACGCGCAACGGUAGUGAAGGUGCUUCAAGGAGCAACAUUUUAACCGCAGCAGUGCGCAGCGCCAGCUACGAUUGUCAGUGCAGCGAGAAAGUUAGAAAACAAAUCGCAAAGCUGAUUUUCCACACCGGUUCGUCCAGGCAGGCGAUGGCAUUAUCGCUUCUGCAGGAAUCGCAAGCAACUCAAGGAUUAUCCGUCGUCCACAGUAGCCUCCAGAGAAUGAAAAUCGAAGAGGAGCGCAGUAUGUCCGUGUCACCGCCGUUGACCGGUCAGCAACAUCCGCAGCACCACCUGAACAUGAACGUGAACCACAGCCCUACCCUUUUCGGCAACUACCCGCCAUCCUCACCGGCAGCGCUGGGAAUGUUGGCGCCACAACUCCACACGGCUGCCGCUCUGAUGGCCGGAUUCCCGAUGUCCCUACGGGCUCACCUGGCUUCCGGAUUGUUCGGUCCCCAUCCGGCGCUGUUCGGAGCAUGGGCACCUCCCACCCCCAAUAGCAACAACAGUAGUCCACCUCCGCCACAAAGCCCCAUCUCGCCGGCAUCCAGCCACAAGAGCUCCAAAUCUCUCAAGCUGACCACCAACAACAAUCACAUCGUAUCAACCACCUCGGAGAUUCUACCUCAACAGAAGAAGCUAACCAAACGAAAACCACUUUCCGUAAAGUCGGACGCCGCCCUUCUCCAAUCCCCGAACCAUUCCAUGCCGUUGGACAUUCCGGAAAUGGUUAGUCCGGGUCCCAUCUCACCACCUACCUCAGGCUCCUCGCCACAAUCCAACGGAAGCGUCGAUCUUCCGCAAACAAUCACUACCUCCAGCAGGGAUCCCUCGCGCGACAAGGUCUUCACCUGCAAGAUCUGCAACCGCUCGUUUGGCUACAAACACGUCCUGCAGAACCACGAGCGGACCCACACCGGCGAGAAACCCUUCCAAUGCCCGGAAUGCCAAAAGCGCUUCACUCGGGACCACCACCUCAAAACUCAUAUGCGAUUACACACCGGCGAGAAGCCCUACUCCUGCACCCACUGCGAUCGUCAAUUCGUCCAGGUCGCGAACCUACGGCGGCAUCUUCGAGUGCACACCGGCGAAAAACCAUACGAGUGCGAAAUGUGCCAGCAGAAGUUCAGCGACUCGAACCAACUCAAAGCCCACAUGCUCAGCCACAACGGCGAGCGUCCGUUCCACUGUGAUAAAUGCAACGCCAGCUACCGCCGCAAACACCACUGGUACCAUCAUAAGUGCAGCGUCACCACGAGCCCACCGACACCCGCCAUCAGCCCCACCAUGUCCCUCUCCGGACACAAGUCCGGUUGCUCGGAAAUUUCCGACAUCUCCAUGGAACUCAAGUCCUCAAUGCUCCUGCACCAAAAAUUCUCCGGACUCGGCCUCCCGUUGGACUUCAGUUCCACCGAGCCCCGGCUGCACCAUCCCGCCGGCGGAGCAAUCGACCUCCGUUCCAAUCCCGUUCAAAUCAGUCACGUCAAGUCCAACCUCCCGGAGCAAACGGAACCGGAAGACCUCAGCAUGCAUUCGCCCCGCUCGCCCGUAACCCUGGAGGAACUCGAAGAGCUGGACGAUGCCGCAUCCCUGUACCUGAAGCAGCGCCAACAGAAGCUCGCACUGGCAGCGGCCGCCGCUGCUGCCGUCGCCAGCCAACGCCACGGUAUGGAAUCCUAAAUUUAAACAAAACAAAAACCCACCCCUAUCUAUGAAAAUCCCACCCCUGAUAAAAAUCAAAUUUGUUGUUGACAACCGAUACCAAAUAAUCAAAGGAUGCCAAGAAAAAUCGAAAACUAUUUCUCAGAAAAACGAAAAAAAAGUAGCUUAGUGUAAGUGAACAGAGCCAUCUCCAUAUAUGAAACAUAUAUAACAACUAUUUAAAACAAACGAAGCAACCAUCAGAUUCCACACAAUCGCACCGGCGGCGAUCCGCCGCCAUCUUGUUCGCGUCGCGCAACUGUCAAACGGCCGUGUAAAUAACUGAUCAAUGUGUAAAUAGCUCGCAAGCGACAAGAUGGCGUCCGCCGUCGGCGGCGUGGACUCCGAAACGAAUCAAACCGGUUUUGGAAGAAAAGCGUCAAAAUUCAGGGACAAAUGUUUUCAAAAUGACUGUGCACCCGAUCGAACCGAAGUUUGUUUCCGUUUUCGUUUUUUUUUUAGAUCAAACACACUUUCCUAAGUUUUCAAGCGAGUACGCGUAGUAUGGUAUACAAGUUCCUCCUCCAAUAGUGACGCAGAAUACGGAAACGAAAACACUCGAACAAUAAUGCUUAAAAUACUGUCAGUGUAGAUUGAACAAAAAAAAACAGUCGUUUUCAAACAUUCACUCACACAUCCAGAAAUAGGAAUUAAUCGAACGCAGACUGAAUGGCGUUUUUUCCGUAACUAGUGCAGUGCUGCGAUGGGUUCGUGUUCCCGUGUUGUUAAUUGAACGCUUAGUGGAAUUGUAUGCUGGUUGUUGCGAUGAUUACGAUGCUUGUCAAAAUAGUAAAUCUAUUGUUUGGAUCGAUUUGCGGGUCGAUUAUCUAAUCAUUAUUACCACUAGUUUGUGUAUGUAUUGUGCUAUUAUUAUUAUUAUUAUUAUUAUUCAAUUCUAUGGUUGCCAUUGGUUAAUUAUAAUUAUUUUACUCUAAGUCGGAAUGGAAGCGAAAAAUCAAAAUUCGAUGUGUAAGGUUUUAGGUUCAUUUUUUAAAUUGUAUUUAGUUCUAAGCUGAUAGCAAGCACGUGCGGAUUCUCGUCCAGAGUAUAAAUUGUGUAUAUUGGUAUUUUAUGAUUUGUGUUUAGGUGAAUUAUGGAAGAAAGUUAUUGGAAAAAUAAAAUAUUUAAAUUUAUUAUAAAUAUCUAUUGUUUA